AAUCAUCUCGCGGAUCUGCCGCCUAUCGUGCCCGGAGGACAGAAGGCCAAGGAUCUGGUCGACUCGAGCCGCUUGCAGAAGCUGGAGGACGAGUCGCGCCGCCUGCGCGACCUCAUUGCCGAGAAGGAGGCAGUGGCGCGUCGGAGCCGGCGCGAGUGGGAUCGGCUGGAGAGCGAGAGCGAGACGGCAGGGCUGAGGGCGCAGUUGGCGGAUGAGCAUUUGAGAGCUUUGAACGGGGAGGGCGAGAUUGGCGGCGCG